CAGUGUAAAUCGGCCUUCUGUCCGUAACGUGUCGAACGUCGAGCCAGGCCGAUUUUUCGCAGUGUCACACUGCGUUUCGUUUACAAACACGUUUCGCGACCGGACGAGAGAUCGACUCGGUUGCGCGACAGUGUACGGGGUCAUUUGUUGACGCACCAUUGAAAAUAUACGGGAACAACAGGGAUAAAGGAAAGGAAAGGCUACUGUGCUGGUUAAUGGCUGCCAGGGUCGUCGGCUAGAGGCCGUGUCACCAAGUUUCCAGCUGCCAGCGCGCGAAAACAGCCUGUACCCGAUGAGUGUUAGAUCGGUGGCCGGUCACAUGGUGAAGCAGAGGAGGUUCAUCGGCAACACGAAUAACAAGAUGAUCAACAUACGAGAAUAUUUAUAGGCAUUUUUAGGCGAACCAUACGUGUGUCUCGAAUUCGUGUUGAACAAAGAGAGAAUAAAAGAUAUUGUUACUGCAUCGAUCUGCGUGCAGUUCGAGGGAAGGUGCGCAGAAAUCGAGCCAGGACGACGGUAACCGGUCACGGUAUCGAGAGCCGACCGAUUGUAAAACGUGUACUGCCAGGUAUAUCCGGAGUGAAUGUAAAAUAAACGAUCUAUCCAGAUAGAUAUUUCAGAGGACGACAGGAGCGGCUACGCGUUCCUCUAGCUAUGGUCAGACUGACACGACCUGAUUUCCUGUUUUACGUAACACCCAAGAGAUGUUUGAUUUUCACGCCUAGAUAUACAAUUCAUCGAGAUUUCAAGGAUCGAAUUUAGAAAGCCUACCAUAGAAGCGUGUUAAUGAUAUAUGUAUUCUAACGCGGCUGAUCAUUUUUGAAAAAUAGAAGAAGCCUGUUUAACAGGAGAAACAUGAAUUCACUGUAACACGCACAUUGAACGAUCCAAAGUUGAUGUAGACGUCUUGUAUCGGCAGUGAAACCGUGCUUUGUUACAUAGGUUUUUCUUUUAGGUUUUCAGCGAAUUAAUUAAAAAGGCAAAUCAAAGUAAACCAGUGAUAUUUUUUACUAAAUAUUAUUCUUCCAUAAAACUGAAGGGAUUAUCGAACGUAUAAUAGAGAAGAAAUCGUAGAAAGAGACUUAUAAAAAAAAUAAUCAAGAAGAUUUUUAUAAUUUAUUUCUUUACGACUCGAGGCGCCGUCAUCGGCAGAAUUUCUUCAAAAUGAGUUGUUAAUUAAGAAUGCGCGAUGACACGGCGAAUUUAUCAGUGGACAGCAAACGACCCGCGCGAGAAGGCGCAGGGUAUGGAAAUGGAACCCCAAAAAACAAACUCUCACCGCCAGGAAAAAAUAUUCUUGAAGUACAAGCUCCAAGACGUGGAGAAGGAUAAAGAGGAAACUGAGUAUAUGCUACAAGAGAAUGGCAAACCGAUCGAAUUCGUGCCACCGCAAACGAAGGAGGACGAUAAACCGGCCCCGGUCGAGCCAUCCUUACCGCCUGUGCCUUAUUACAAGCUCUUUCGAUUUGCAACAUGCGGGGAGCUGAUGUUGAUAUUCGGUGGCCUGAUCAUGGGGACAUUGACAGGCCUUUGCAUCCCGAUCUCGACCAUUCAGUACGGAGAAUUCACCACGUUGCUGGUGGAUCGUAACAUGGUGAAUCAAACGAGCACGCCGACACUCAUCAUGAAGUGGUUCGGAGGAGGAAAGGUCUUGGCACCUAACGCGACUUACGAAGAAAGGAUGGCUGCGCUUUACGACGACUCGGUGGCCUUUGGCAUAUCCUCCGCGACGCUGUCUUGCUUCCAAUUUGUCUUCGCCGUGUUCACGGUCGACUUGUUAAACAUCGCAGCUUUCAGACAAAUAGCGAGAGUACGGAAGAUGUUUCUGCGAUCAGUUCUCAGGCAAGACAUGACAUGGUACGACAUCAACACGUCGACCAAUUUCGCCAGCAGGAUCACAGAGGACUUGGACAAAAUGAAGGACGGUAUCAGCGAGAAGCUCGGAGUGUUCACCUACUUAAUGGUUUCGUUCAUCUCGUCGAUCAUUAUCUCGUUCGUUUACGGUUGGAAAUUAACGCUUGUAGUGCUGAGUUGUGCACCGAUCAUCGUGAUUGCCACUGCGGUGGUAGCGAAAGUUCAAAGUUCCUUGACAGCCCAAGAAUUGUCUGCUUACGGCCAAGCUGGCAGCGUAGCCGAAGAGGUAUUGGGGGCCAUUAGGACGGUGAUUGCGUUCAAUGGCGAACAGAAGGAAGUGGACAGAUACGCGGAGAAGCUUGUGCCGGCUGAGAGAACCGGGAUAAGACGUGGAAUGUGGUCUGGAGUUGGUGGAGGUGUGAUGUGGUUCAUCAUAUACCUCAGCUACGCCAUUGCCUUUUGGUACGGUGUCCAGUUGAUUCUGGAGGACAGGCCAAAGGAAGUGAAAGAAUACACACCGGCUGUGUUGGUGAUCGUGUUUUUCGGUGUGUUGGCUGGUGCACAGAACAUGGGUCUAACGUCGCCUCAUCUCGAGGCGUUCGCGGUCGCUAGAGGUUCGGCUGCGGCGAUCUUCCAGGUCCUCGAUCACGUGCCAUCGAUCGACAGUUUGAGCAAAGAAGGCAUGAAACUUCCAUCCGUCACCGGAGAGAUCGAGUUCAAGAACGUGCAUUUCCAGUAUCCCGCACGAAAGGACGUGAAGGUGCUUCAAGGCUUAAAUCUGAAGAUCAAUCACGGGGAGACCGUGGCCCUUGUCGGUGGAUCAGGCUGCGGAAAGUCCACCUGUCUGCAACUCAUUCAAAGACUCUACGAUCCGCACAAAGGGCAGGUUCUGUUAGAUGGUGUGGACAUAUCGAAGCUGAAUGUUCAGUGGCUACGCUCUUAUAUAGGCGUGGUCGGCCAAGAACCAGUGCUCUUUGACACAACGAUACGAGAGAACAUCCGGUACGGAAAUGACAGCAUUACCGAGGAGGAGAUGAUCAAAGCGUCGAAGGAAGCGAAUGCUCAUGACUUCAUCAGCAAACUGCCUGAGGCUUACGACAGUCCCGUGGGAGAAAGAGGAUCGCAGUUGUCCGGUGGACAGAAGCAGAGGAUCGCGAUCGCCCGUGCCCUGGUUAAAAGACCGGCCAUACUUUUAUUGGACGAAGCCACGUCAGCCUUGGAUCUCCACAGUGAAGCUACGGUGCAAAGGGCUCUAGACGCGGCUGCCAAGGGCAGAACCACCGUCGUAGUAACCCACAGAUUAUCGACGAUCACUAACGCUGACAGAAUAAUAUUCAUUAAGGACGGACAGGUCGUGGAAGAGGGUACCCACGAAGAGUUACUUGCCCUGAAGCAACAUUACUACGGAUUGGUCUCUGCCGAUGCCAGUGCAACUGCCAGAGCCAAAGCGACAGCGUCGGCCGCAAAGACGGUGACCGCCGCCAUCCCGAAACAACAAAAGCCACCGCUAAAGAGACAAUUCUCCACUCUGUCGAUGCAUUCUCAUCGUCUGUCCCUGGCGGGCGCAUCCGAGAGCUCGAUAAAUCAAUUGGAGGAACACGAGAAACCAUACGAUGCACCAAUGAUGAGGAUAUUCGGACUGAACAAACCAGAAUGGCCUUUCAACAUAGUUGGAUGUCUAGCUGCAGCCAUGGUAGGCGCAUCCUUCCCAGCCUUCGCAGUCUUGUUCGGUGAAGUGUACUACGUGUUGGGUCUUCAAGAUGCGGACGAAAUACGUCGCGAGACGGUCAACUUCUCCAUCCUGUUCCUGGUUGUCGGUAUAGUAACCGGCGUCGGCAGUUUCCUGCAGAUGUACAUGUUCGGUCUAGCCGGUGUACGUAUGACGACAAGGAUCAGAAGAAUGACGUUCGCCGCGAUGUUGAAGCAAGAGAUGGGCUGGUACGACGAAGACUCGAACAGCGUGGGUGCUCUGUGCGCUCGAUUGUCGUCGGACGCUGGCGCGGUGCAAGGUGCAACGGGUACCCGAGUCGGUGCGAUUCUUCAGGCUAUGUCCACGUUGGUACUCGGUAUCGGUCUGUCCAUGUACUACACCUGGAAGAUGACAUUGGUGUCGGUGGUUUCGAUACCGCUGGUACUAGGCGCUGUCUUCUUUGAGGCCAGAGUGAUGAGCGGUCAGGGUUUACAAGAGAAGAAGAAGAUGGAGGCGGCUACCAGGAUCGCCAUAGAAGCCAUUUCGAACAUACGAACCGUCGCUAGUCUGGGUAAAGAAGAAGCCUUCCUGCAACGUUACUGCGUCGAGUUGGAUCACGUUGCUAAAGCGACCAGAAUCAGGAACAGAUUAAGAGGCUUGGUGUUCUCGUGCGGACAAACCACACCAUUCUUCGGCUACGCUUUGAGUCUUUAUUACGGAGGCUCGUUAGUGGCUACGGAGGGUCUCAGCUAUCAGGACGUGAUCAAAGUGUCCGAGGCGUUGAUUUUCGGUUCUUGGAUGUUGGGCCAAGCCUUGGCGUUCGCGCCCAACUUCAACACAGCAAAGAUUUCCGCUGGUAGGAUAUUCAAACUGCUGGACAGGGUACCAGAGAUCACUUCGCCGCCGGAUUCGGAAGACAAAGAUCUGGACUGGAAAGCGGAAGGCCUGAUUCAGUUCUCGAAAGUCGAGUUCCAUUACCCAACACGGUCAGAGAUGUCCAUUCUGCAAGGGCUGAAUCUAAUAGUGAAGCCAGGCCAGAUGGUCGCCUUGGUGGGUCAAAGUGGAUGCGGAAAGUCCACCUGCAUCCAACUCUUGCAACGAUUGUACGAUCCAAUUUCCGGGACCGUGACCAUGGAUCGUCGCGAUAUCUCGUCGGUGUCGCUGCGCAAUCUCAGGUCUCAGCUCGGUGUGGUCGGUCAGGAACCGGUACUAUUCGACAGGACGAUCGCGCAGAACAUUGCCUACGGUGAUAAUUCUCGGGUCGUUACGAUGGACGAGGUGAUGGACGCCGCCAGGAAGUCGAACAUCCACAGUUUCGUCAGCUCUCUACCAUUAGGGUAUGAUACUAGGUUAGGAUCUAAGGGUACGCAAUUGUCCGGAGGACAGAAGCAACGUAUCGCGAUAGCUCGAGCUUUGGUGAGAAAUCCUCGUGUCCUGCUGCUGGAUGAAGCCACAUCUGCCCUCGACACCCAGAGCGAACAGGUGGUACAAGCAGCCUUGGACAAAGCGAUGGAGGGUAGAACUUGCAUCACCAUAGCGCAUCGUCUGGCCACCAUAAGGAACGCUGACGUGAUAUGCGUGCUGGAGAAGGGAACCGUCGCCGAGAUGGGUACUCACGACGACUUAAUAGCUGCGGACGGUCUGUACGCUCAUCUUCACGCCCUUCAGGAAGCCGCGAUGGAGUAAACGCCGAGGCAGCGUGCAAUCGCGUCGUCUAAACGACGCUCCUCUCGAGUCGACGAGCUCGUACGAACGGAACAUUUUCGUCAAACAGACGAAAUCAGUUUCGGCGGCCUGUAGCCGCGACAAGGAGGAUGAUAAAAAGUCGCUCGAGCGAUUUCCAAGAAGAGUAGUUACAGAUUUCUUGAUGAAACUCGCGCCAAAACGGCUCCCCGUAAAUUUUUAACUGACUCUCGUUUAUCGUACACUUCGUUCACCGAUAGUUUUUCACCGUUUUAUUUAUGCGUUAUCGUUGCAGUCUCUUCUCCGCGACGGAAGAAGGAAGUCGAAAAAAGAGAUGACGGAUUUUUCUCUCUCUCUGGUAGCGAAUACAUUUUUAGUCUGGCUCUACGAGAACUCGGAAGAUAACAAAAUUUAUUCAUCACGUAAAUUCAGAUUUUUGAUCUUCGAAAUAAUUUUCGAUUAAAAUUGCAAAACAUCGGCUCAUCUCGCACCCCUAAUUCUUUAGCUAUCGCCGGUGUUUCCUUUGAACCGUGCCAGGGUUCGCUUCGAGAAUGGGAAACUGCCGUUCGUCGACAGAACCUACGGCACAGACGCGUGUCGGAUCAUUAUUGCCUCUUCCUAUUUCGCACGCCAGUUACGUAACGAUCCAAUGAACGAUAAAACGCGUCGUUCACUGUAAUGUCGCCAUAAUGGAUACUGGCGCUGUUUCCUCUGGAACGAUACCGUUUUUUGUCUUCAUUUCACCUUUACCUGUCUCUUUAUUGAAAGACACAACGAAGAGAACGUUAUAGAGAGAUAACGAACCAAGAUGGGGGGGAAAGUAGAAAAGGGAAACGAUAUUCCAUAGGCUCGAUUAAACACGCGAAAAGAAAGAGGACCCAAUGGGUGGCACAGAUGUUUAGCGAGAACAACGAUACCGGGCGCGACGACGCAAUGCUGUCUUUUUCGUCGCCGAUCUUGUCCAACGACGUCCCAUGAAAUAUUUAUGAGCCUCUAUUUUAUUCCCUUGCUACAAUUGCUCUCCCCGCUUUCUCCGCCCUUCUCUUAUCCCUGAAACCUACUCCUUUCAUCUCGUCGAACGUCUCUCCCUUUUCAACUGGAUUAUCCCUUGAAAUAUAACGAAUUCGUCUAAGAGGACACGACUGGCUGUCUAACGAGUCAAGAUCAGAUAUUCUUCAUGUUUUCGUGCCUUAGAAAUUAUACGGUUUUGUGAAGAAGAAGAGGAAGAAGAAGAAGAAAAAACGGGUGUAAUUAAAUAAGAGGGGUAAAAAAAGCAGAAAUAUAUUAAGGAACUCUCACUUUUAUUUGAGAUUGCAGAUGUUCAAUGAUCAGGAUUGAUCGGUGAAAAUACGAAUACCAUCGAGAAUUCUCUUUGGAAAGUUACACGUUCCGUUAGAGCAAUAUGCUCGCGCGGAGAAGCGUUCACGAGGUGUUUCCGGGUGUCGAAGACACAUUCAUCCGGAGGCCGGAUUUCCGUGGUCGAAGUUCGCGACAACAGAUACUUUAGCCCGAACUUGAGUGCCUUCAUACUUCGUAUACUUAGCGAUAAGAUCGUGUCGAGGCUCCCUCGGGGCUCGUCAGUGGCCGACACCGUCGCGAAAAUGCUCGAAUAUUUUCAUGGAAAAUUUCUUUCUUUCACCUGUUCGUCAACGCGUUGAUUGCCAUAAUCAAAGUACCAUUUCAUUUUCCAAUUUAAGCUUUCUACUUGUAAUCUUAGAUAAUAUUGCUUAGAAUUUUCUUUUCUCUUUCAAUUAUUUACAGAUAGUCCCUAUGGCAUUCAAUGUGUUUUGCAGGAACCUUUUUUUAUUUCGAUAGCAUUUUCUGUCGCGCCGUUUGAUGCAGAGUACUUAAUCGUCUCGGGAAAUGGCCUCGAUCGUGCCUUAUCGAUGCGUAACAGUGCUUUAUAUACCGUAACGACAAUACAAAACGUAGUUCUUCUAAGCCGUAGUAUCUUCGAGCCAGGAACAAGCGUUUGCGACUUAACAGUGGUUGUUCAAACCGAUCAGGUGCGAGGAUUUCGUUUCCAUUGAACGAACCCUUUGUCGCCGUCUUUCGUGUACUUAUCGACUCGUCGUACGCGUUUUAACACGUUGAUCGCGGGCUUAAUUAAAUUAUAUUUAAUAUAAAUUUUCACCGUUUCCAAGGUACUUAUCAAAUUGGGUGGUAGUUUCCCUUAUUACACCCAGAAUAGUUACUUAUUAUAAUUUUAAAAACUCAUUAACCCCGCAGCCGGUCAACGUGUUAACAGAAUAACGAUACGAAUACAAUCGAACAGCGAAUUGCAAUCUAACGCAAAGAUUUCGCGUCGUUUCUAACUUCGAUUUUUUCUCUUGAUCGAUCAGGCAUUGAAAUUCAACUUAUAAUUCUUUGUGAAAUAUAGCGCAUCAGAGUGAUGAAAGGAACAAGAGAUGGUAGUUUAUAAAGAUUUCGAAAGCGUUACUUAAAAAACUAAGGCUGCGGCCAAAGUAACUUAAAGGCAAAAAGAUGUUAACACCGCGAACGAGCGAUCGCUUGGUUCGAAACAUUUAGUGUGACUUAACGAAAAAAAAACAAAAAAAAAAAGUACGAGAAAAACCAGCAGCGUGUUUCGUUGAUUCUCUUUUAUGUUUCUUUUUUCUUUCAUUUUUCUUUCCUUUCAUAUAUCGAGAGCGUGUCAAGUUGUAAUUACCACAGCGAUACUACUAGACAGUAUGACGACAAAGAGGAAGUAUUAAUAAUUUUCCGUUUUAUUUUUCUUUUCUUUUAUUCUCUAUCUCUCUUGUUGCAAGACAGACGGAGCAGACCGUACACUGCUGUCAUAUACAUGAAAUAAAUGGAAACAUAGUGGAAAAAAAACACACGCACAACGAGUAGAGCAAACGUGCGUGAGAAAGCCCAAAAAACGAA